ACCCCAUCUCCCACUAUACUUCCCCAUUUCGAGGGAAGAGGUUAAUAUAACCUCUUUCUCUUUCUUUAACAAGCAUACAAUUGUUAAAUUUUUUUCUCUGCCUGCCAAUGUACAUUCUUGUCUUGAUAAUAAUACUGAUUUGGCAAAUAUUAGCAUAGGGGUUCCUCUUUUAAUUGAGUUCUUGACAUUUGCUUGAUCUACCUGGUUUUGAGUAUUGAUCAUUGUGAUUAUAAAACAAGAAUUUGCAAUUUAUUGGCUGGGACUCUAAUAUUGAUUCUUCUUCAGAUCUGGGUGCCUGUAAAGAUAUUUACAGCUGAGAAAAGGAUCUUACUUUAUUGGCAUUGGUGUGUAAUUCAUUAGAUUAAUGUUGGGUUCUUGAGAGCUGGGCUUUUCAAGAAUGGCUUAAGUUGUUAUUAAUAUAAGAAAGGGGAUAUCAUUAUAUCAAUGCUGUCUAAUCUUGGACAGUUUGGAUGGAUGUGUAUGAAUCAAAGGUAGCAUUACAGAAGCAGAAUUCAACAUUGGAAAAGAACAAUGGAAACAUCCGUAGGCCAAGAACCAGAGAAGUUAGUUCUAGGUACAGGUCACCUACUCCAUCAGCAGCAUCCUCUGGCGUUAGACGUUGCUCUUCUCCAAAUGUCACAAGAACUGGAACUACUACAUCAACAAUGUUCUUGCCUAAACGAGCCAUAUCGGCUGAAAGGAAACGCCCCACCACGCCUUCAUCACCUACCAGUACUACAUCACGACCGUCAACACCUGUACAGGAUACAUCUGCGGAAGAAUUGUUGUCCAGAAAGUUGGGAGGUAAUCGAUUGCCAGAAUCGUUGUGGCCCUCAACAAUGAGGAGUCUCAGUGUUUCGUUUCAGUCGGAUACCUUUUCUUUACCUGUAAGUAAGAGAGAAAAACCUGUUUCUCAUGCUCUAUGUGAUCGUACUUUGAGGCCCUCAUCAAAUGUAGUGCAGAAACAGGGCGAAACACCUCCUGCUUCUCGAAAGGCGACACCUGAGAGGAGGAGGAGUCCAUUGAAGGGAAAGAAUUCUGCUGAUCAAGCAGAGAAUUCUAGGCCAGUUGAUAGUUUAAAUGCUCGAUUAGUUGAUCAGCAUCGAUGGCCAAGUAGAAUGGGUGGGAAGGUAUCAUCUGGUACUAUGAACAGAAGUGUUGAUCUGAGUGAUAAGAAUAGUAAAAUUGCGCCAAUUAGUCGCUCAGUCACGCCUUCCUUGAGGAGAUUAUCAUUGGAUGGUUAUACCAAACCGUUGCAAAAAUCUUCCAGCGACUUGCUGUCACUAGUAUCAUCCGAUGAUAGAGUAAAAGGUAGAGUUCUGUCAGUAGAUGAUAGUUCACUUUCAAUGCAGAAGUCCACAUCUUCGAGUUCAUUGGAAAGAACAGUACAAGGGAAUCCAGUAGCUAGAUCUCAGACUGUUUCAGCUCCUGGAUCACGACUUCCGUCACCGAAUAAGGCAUCUGUUAUAUCAUCCUCUGCAUCUCGAGGAGUCAGUCCAUCUCGAACAAGAUCAGUCCCAAGUACACCAUCUAGAGGGCCAAGUCCUUCUCGGAUAAGACCAUCUAGUCCAUCUAGACAACCCAAAACUUCUACUUCUGUCCUCAGCUUUAUUGCAGAUAUUAAAAAGGGGAAGAAGGCAGCUAACCACAUAGAAGAUGUUCAUCAGCUGAGGCUAUUGUAUAAUAGACAUCUCCAAUGGCGGUAUGCUAAUGCCAGGUCAGAUGCAGCAUUGCACGCGCAGAAACUUCAAGCAGAGAAAACAUUGUACAAUGUCUGGAGGAAUACGUCGGAUUUAUGGGCUUCUGUUAUUAAAAAGAGAACUGCACUCCAACAGCUGAAGCUGAAGUUGAAGCUUUUUGCAGUCUUAAAUGAACAGCUCACCUACCUUGAUGAGUGGGCUUCAAUUGAAAGGGAUCAUACCAGUUCAGUAUCCCAUGCUAUACAAGAUCUACAGGCAUGCACUCUCCGUCUUCCAAUAAUUGGACAAGCAAAGGGUGAUAUUGAAAGUGUUAAGGAAGCUGUUUGCUCAGCUGUUGAUGUAAUGCAGGCAAUGGGAUCCUCCAUGCGUUUUAUAUUGCCUAGGGUGGAAGGGAUGAACUGCCUGGUUUCUGAACUUGCUGACGUGGCAGCUCAAGAGCGAGCCAUGCUGGACGAAUGUGAAGCCUUGUUGGCCUCAACAGCAGCUAUGCAGGUAGAAGAAUAUAGCAUUAGGUCUCAUCUUAUACAAUUGAAACAAGCUUGGAGAAGUGAUGAGCAGCUGAUACUUGGGAAUUAGAUAGCUUUUACCAAAUGCUUCUCAAAAUUCAAUUCUAACCAACUCUUCCUCGUCAAAUGAAGAAUAUGCCACAUCUCCAGCCUUAGCUAGUGUGUAUAGUAAUAGGUUUUUUCUUCUCAUUCUUUUUUUUUUCCUUCUAAUUUAUCAUGGGAAAUCUUGAAUUAUUCCAUUCUUUUUUCUUUUUCUCUCUUUUUUUCUUCUCCACAUAUCUUGCAAAAAGCCGUCGUCCUUAUCCUAAUGUAACUUUUUGUAUCAUCAACAAAAAAAGAAAUGCAAAGGAAGAACAAGAUUCAAAUUUAGUUAUAGAAAA